AUGCACGCAGCUAACACUGAGCGAACACCGAAAAGGAACCCAUUUAAGACACAAUGGCGAACGAAUCUCCCUUCUUUUCAGGAGUGCUUGUCAUCCCUAGGGACCCGAGAAGAUUUUCGCGGCUUUGGUGAAGUGUUGGCAGCAGCCAGCCCGCCUGUUCGUGAACGUCUUGAAUGCAGAGACGCUCUGAAUUCGCCGAGGAUGGGCGGCGUAGACUUCUCUUUCGUCACUCUAGAAGUCUCAGAUGCCACAUCCCCAGGAACACCACCGCAUCCUGUGGAGCGGUACCAGCAGAGCUGCGCGUCCACGCCGGAGCAAACGCCGCGACGCUUUGUUGUCGAAGACCACGGGUUCGGUGCUUCUACUACCCCUCGCAAGCUUCCACCCCUGUGCCCAAACGUUUCGCCCAUUGCCCAUAGUCCAUCCGUUGCGGGAGGAUCCUCCUCAGCGCCGCGGACGGAGCCGCAGGAGGUGCGCCUCGCGCGUUCGGCCGAAACUGCUGAGGGGGUGAGCUCAACGGUGCUGAAGAAUGGGGGGAACCUGGAGGCCGCGUUCUGCAUGGAGUGCCAUGUGGGCGCUGCCGACUACGACGCUCCUCCUCCUCCUGGGAUAGAGGUCUCACCCACGUACGAAGAUCAGUUGCUCGCGUCAGACGACGACGGGCUGGGCGAGUGGCGUGCUAUUGGGCAGCGCGCAGAUGGUGUCAUUCCCCCGUUGAGUGAAUGGAGAGACGGUAGCUGGCUCACCACAGAACUCACGUACCGCUACGGCGAUUUUGCGUACCAUCAUCCGCUCGUUUACAGAGUUACCUCUGAUACAGGGAAUGGAAAUGCUUUGAAAAGGUUUUUUUUUAUCUAG